AUGGAGACUGCAGAGUGGCAGGAUUUAUUUCAUUCCUCUUGCAAAGGACUAAUUAGUGCUGAUUUGCGAGAAAAUAGCCUUAAGGUCAUCUUUCGAUGGUAUUUGACACCAACUAGAACAUCGCACUACAAAGAGACUGCUAGCCCACCUGGUUUGGGCAUUUCUCCUAAGGCAGAUACUACGAGAGAGAGUAAUACUGCAAGAGGGGUCAUAGCUGCAAGACAUUUGCAUAUCAUAUACGGCAUCAAGGAUUUCACUUUCAUCACAAGAGAGCAGCUACCUGGACAGCUGUUAAUGUUCCAGAAAGCCGUUGUAGCACUUCUCAAGUGCCUUACUUCUUAUUUGCUUCGUUUGAAUUGCCUUCAACUUUUGGAAGAAGUUUUUGCUGCCACACCUUCAUUAUAUGAACUUUGGACUUUUGUGAUCACACACCAGGAAGAGUUGCACUGCAGGAAUGUGGAAUGGGAUGGUCUGAGUAGUCCUGGCAGCAGGGGGAGGGGUCUGGCUUCCAGCCUUCCCAGUUACAUCACUUCCUGUGACAGCGUGCAGAGCUCAGGGGGGAGUGACAGUCUGCAGAGAGACAACUUGUACACAGGGAGAGACAGUCUGCAGAGUGACAACUUGUACACAGGGAGAGACAGUCUGCAGAGAGGAGCCACCAAUCACUGCAGCACAGGACUGAGAGUGUGUGCUGGGAACUGUACCAUAUGUUACAUGUAA